UCCUGAAAUAAAGAUCAUGGAGAGUGGGAGCUGGGCUGCGAUGGUCGGGGACGAUGCGUUCAAUAUGACCGCGUCUCACAUCUGGCUGAGUGUCCUCAACUCGUCCAGUCCGCCGACCCCGUGGGACAGCAGUCCCUCUGCCCAUGAAACCUCCCUGGAGGACCAGAACCAGCUGAUCCAGGAGCAAGCUUACCGGGACUUCACCACCACCCUCCAGAUUUUCAUCCUCAUAGGAUCUCUGCUUGGGAACGCCACGGUGUUGUGGUGCACCUGCUCCACUAACGUCUUCAAGUCUGUGACCAAUCGCUUCAUCAAAAACCUGGCGUGCGCGGGCAUCUGCGCCGGGUUGGCGUGCGUUCCCUUCGACGUGGCGCUGGGCUCCAGCCCUCGCUGCUGCUGGUGGCUUCACACGCUGCCGCUCUGCAAGGCCUUCAGGUUCCUCCAGAAGCUCUUCUGCUCCGUCACCGUGCUCAAUUUCAGCGCCAUUGCGCUGGACAGAUACUGCUCCGUCCUAUACCCGUUAGAGAGGAAGAUCUCGGAUGCGAGAGCCAGAGAUGUGGUCAUCUACAUAUGGGUGCACGGCGUGGUGGCGAGCCUCCCGGUGUUUGUGGUCGCCAACGUGACGGACUUGUACGUGGCAUCGUCCUGCGCGGAAGACCGCGCCGGCUCCCCGGGGAGCGCGGCGUACAUGUGCAUCUACAACGUCACCACCGUCAUCCUCCCGCUGGCGCUGGUCUUCUUCUUCAUGCUGCUCAUCCGCCGGGCGCUCAGUGCCAGCCAGAAGAAGAAGGUGAUCAUCGCGGCCUUGCGGACGCCGCAGAACAGCAUCUCCAUUCCGUACGUGUCGCGGCGAGAAGCAGAGUUGCACACCAGUCUCCUGGCGGUAGUGCUGGCCUUCUUCGCCUGCAGCACCCCCUAUGGGGCGUUGGUGGUCUAUCGCACCGUUUUGGUGGAGCCCAAAGAGCUGCCUGUGUUCUUGUAUCUCACAGCCUUGUGGCUACCGAAGGUGUCCUUGCUCACCAACCCUCUUUUAUUCCUGACUGUUAACCGCUCGGCACGCCACAGCUGCUUGGAGCUGCUCUCCCGGGUCCACAAACGCUACAGCCGGCGUAACGCGAUCAGCACGGGGGGUCUGGCCUCUAUCGGGGCGGAGGUUGCGAUAGGAGAACCCGUAGGACUGGAAGCAACAGGUCGCUCCGGAAGCCAACUUCUGGAGAUGUUUAACAUCGGCCAGCAGCAGAUUUUUAGACCCUCUGAGGAGGAGGAGGAGGAGGAUGCAGCAAAUGAGGGACUAGAAGGACCCAAAGAGGACCACAAGAACGGGUCAAGGCUCCAAGGACUCAUAACACAAGUGAUCACCAAAAACGAUCUGUUGCAGGGACACAGAGGAGGCCUGGCCAACGAGGGCCCGCCUGCAACCGCGGCGUCGCGCUCCUCUCCGGUCCACGGGUGCGCUUAUACGUCGUCGUCGCAGGUGGCGCCCGCUUCGCUUCCAGAGACGGAAGACCCCACGCAGUUUGGGUUCGGACCCUUCGAGCUGCCGCCUCAGUGGUUACCUGAGACCAGGAACAGCAAGAAGAGGCUGCUGCCUCCUUUGGGGAACACCCCUGAGGAGCUGAUCCAGACCAAGCUGCCCAGACCGCGGCCCGAGCGUCGGAUAAGCAGGAAUAACAAAGUCAGCACUAUUUCUGCUGUGGACCCGUGAGCGGACUGUAGUGGACUCUGGACUCAUCACAUGAAGGCCAUGUUGUUGAUGGAGCUAAGACUCUUGGUCCCACCAAAUCUGUUUACAUCAGUGGUCCCCAACCACCGGGCCGUGGCUCGGUACCGGUCCGCGGACCGAUUGGUACCGGUCCGCACAAGAAAUAAAAAAAAAUAAAAAAAUAAAAAUAAUAAUAAUAUUUUUAUUUUUUAUUAAAUCAACAUAAAAAACACAAUAUAUACAUUAUAUAUCAAUAUAGAUCAAUACAGUCUGCAGGGAUACAGUCCGUAAGCACACAUGAUUGUAUUUCUUUAUGAAAAACAAAAAACAAAUUUUCAAGCGUUGACCGGUCCGUAGCCACAAAAAGGUUGGGGACCACUGGUUUACAUGUUGACUGCAUCUCAGCCAGGAGAUCAGGGCUUUGCAACAUGUGAAGCGGGAUCCUCCUUGGCUAGCAGCUUUGUUUUUCAAAUCUGCUAAGGUAACUUUAGUUUUGGUUUAAGGAGUGCCAUCAAACCAUAGUCUUAAAUCAGAUUAAUCGCACUUUUGAGUUUUAAUUAAUCGUGAUUAAUCAGCCAAUUACUGGCUUGCUCGAUUUAAAUUAACUAUAAAAAAAAGGCACAAAUAUUUGGACAGAAAUUAAAUUUUAUCGUCACAAUGUCAUACACCAACAUUUUUAAAUGCACGUCAUUUAUUUUGAUUAAUCGUGAUUAAACACAGUCAAUUACUGUAUUGCAUGAUUUAAAUUAACUAUAAAAAAAGACACAUUUGGACUGAAAUGCAAUUUUAUCAUCAGAAUGUCAUACAUAAACAUUUUUAAAUACACAUCAUUUAUGUUGAUUAAUCGUGAUUAAUUAGUCAAUAUCUGUUUUGCAUGAUUUAAAUUAACUACCGUAUUUUUCGGAGUAUAAGUCGCACCUGCCGAAAAUGCAUAAUAAAGAAGGAAAAAAACAUAUAUAAGUCGCACUGGAGCCCGGCCAAACUAUGAAAAAAACUGCGACUUAUAGUCCGAAAAAUACGGUAUAUAAAAAAAAAAGACACAAAUUUGGACGGAAAUGCAAUUUUAUCAUCAGGAUGUCAUACAUAAACAUUUUUAAAUGCACAUCAUUUAUUUGAUUAGUUGCGAUUAAUUACAGUCAAUUACUGGCUUUCAUAAUUUAAAUUAACCAUAAAGUAACUAAAAUAUUUGGCCCGAAAUGCAAUUUUACCAUCAGAAUGUCAUACACAAACAUUUUUAAAUGCACAUCAUUUGUUUUGAUUAAUAGUGAAUAAACACAGUCAAUUACUGGCUUGCAUGAUUUAAAUUAACUUUAAAAUAACUUAAAUAUUUGGCCAGAAAUGCAAUUUUACCAUCAGAAUGUCAUACACAAACAUUUUUAAAUGCAUGUCAUUUAUUUUGAUUAAUCGUGAUUAAUCAGUCAAUUACUGGCUUGCAUAAUCUAAAUUAACUAUAAAAAAAGACUAAAAUAUUUGGACAGAAAUGCAAUUUUAUCGUCAGAAUGUCAUACACAAACAUUUUUUAGAUGCAAGUCAUUUAUUUUGAAUAAUCACGAUUAAUUGUAGCCAAUUACUGGCUUGCUUGAUUUAAAUUAACUAUUAAAAAAGGCACAAAUAUUUGGACAGAAAUUUAAUUUUAUCGUCACAAUGUCAAACACCAACAUUUUUAAAUGCACGUCAUUUAUUUUGAUUAAUCGUGAUUAAUCAGUCAAUUUCGGUUUUGCAUAAUUUAAAUUAACUAUAUAAAAAAAAAGACACACAUUUGGCCGGAAAUGCAAUUUUAUCAUCAGGAUGUCAUACAUAAACACUUUUAGAUGCACAUCAUUUAAUUGAUUAAUUACAAUUAAUUACAGUCAAUUACUGGCUUUCAUAAUUUAAAUUAACUAUAAAAUAACUAAAAUAUUUGGCCAGAAAUGCAAUUUUACCAUCAGAAUGUCAUACACAAACAUUUUUAAAUGCACGUCAUUUAUUUUGAUUAAUCGUGAUUAAACAGUCAAUUACUGUAUUGCAUAAUUUAAAUUAACUAUAAAAAAAGACACUUUUGGACAGAAAUUAAAUUUUAUCGUCAGAAUGUCAUACGCAAACAUUUAAAAAAAAAAAAAAAAUGUAUUACUUGAAUGCACAUCAUUUAUUUCCUGAAAACUUGCCAACAGUGUUACCUAAAAUCCGAUUUGCAAUUAAUAUCAUAAAACUAACGGCAAAAUCAUUAUUAACGAAGAUUAAUUGCGUCAUGUUUAACAUAGUUAUGUUUGAGGUAGUGCUGUCAAACAGUUGUUUUAAAUCAGAUUAAUUGCAUUUUUGAAUGUUGAUUAAUUACAGUAAAAUAAUUGCUUGCGUAGUUGAAAUUAACUUUAAAAAAUACAUUUUGACACAAAUGCAAAUUUUAUUGUCAAAUUGUCAUACAGGAACAUUUUUAAAUGUGUUUCUUGAAUGCACAUUUAUUUUCUCAAAACUUGCCAACGGUUUUAUCUCCAAUCCCGUCAGCGAUUAUUGCAAUAAAAUUAUCGCCUGAAUCAUGUAUAAUCCCAGAUUAAUCGUGUUAUGUUUAACAAAGUUAUGUUUAAAGCAAUGCUGUCAAACAAUUAUUGUUUUAAAUCAGAAUAAUCACAUUUGUAAAAUUUUUAUUAAUCAUGUUUAAUCACAGUAAACGACUUUCUUGCAUAAUUAACUUAAAAAAAGACACAUAUUUUGACUUUAAUGCACAUUUUAUUGUCAAAUUGUCACACAGAACAUUUUUAAAUGUGUUUCUUGAAUGCACAUUUAUUUUCUCAAAAGUCGCCAACAGUUUUAUCUCAAAUCCCGUCAGCGAUUAUUACAAUAAAAUUAAACCAAGAUUAAUUGUGUUAUGUUUGACAUAGUUAUGUUUAAAGCAAUGCUGUCAAAUGAUUAAUGUUUUAAAUCAGAUUAAUCUCCUUUUUAAAAUUUUGACUAAUCAUGAUUAAUCACAAUAAACGACUUUCUUGCAUAGUUGAAAUUAACUUAAAAAAAGACACAUAUUUUGACACAAAUGCACAUUUUAUUGUCAAAUUGUCAUACGGGAAGAUUUUUAAAUGUGUUUCUUGAAUGCACAUUUAUUUACUCAAAACUCGCCAACAGUAUUAUCUAAAAUCCCGUCAGCGAUUAUUACAAUGCAAUUAAACCAAGAUUAAUUGUGUUAUGUUUGACAUAGUUAUGUUUAAAGCAAUGAUGUCAAAUGAUUGUUUUAAAUCAGAUUAAUCACAUUUUUAAAAUUUUGAUUAAUCAUGAUUAAUCACAGUAAACGACUUUCUUGCAUAGUUGAAAUUAACUUUAAAAAAGACACAUAUUUUGACUUUAAUGCAAAUGUUAUUGUCAAAUUGUCAUACAGGAACAUUUUUAAAUGUGUCUCUUGAAUGCACAUUUAGCUAUCUAAAAUCCAGUCAGCGAUUAUUACAAUAAAAUUAUCGCCUGAAUCAUGUAUAAACCCAGAUGAACAAUGCUGCCAAAUGAUUAAUGUUUUAAAUCAGAAUAAUCAAAUUUUAAAAAUGUUGAUUAAUCAUGAUUAAUCACAGUAAACGACUUUCUUGCAUAGUUAAAAUUAACUUUAAAAAAUACAUAUUUUGACACAUGCACAUUUUAUUGGCAAAUUGUCAUACAUUUUUUAAAUGAUGUGUUACUUGAAUGCAUUUAUUAUGAUUAAUCAUGAAUAUUCAAAAUUUAGAGGUGUGAUUAAUCUAAUUAGAAGAAAAAAAAUGAUUGCAUUGAAUCGACACUUGCACAAAUUUAGCGGUUUGUUUAGAAAAACCAAAAAAAUAAUGAUUCUACUUUUUAUUGUUCACAAGUUUACCUUUAAAACAUGUGGAAAGCAUCACUGCAGUUCAUGAAAUGCACUUGAAAACAUUUGGUGGUGGUUAUUAUUACGCCGUGCUCAGCCAAUCAAUACAAUCAAAGUGGACAAAAACCAGUCACUGUGAUGGAUAAUGUAAGAUAUUUGUAAUUUGAUCAUUUUGAUAAUAGCGAGACAGUUGAACAAAACAUUUUUUAAAUGACUGCUGUUAUAAUGUGUCACUGUUUCCUAUUUCUUGUCAUGUUGUACUUAUUGUCCAUACUUACAAGGAUGCUUAUGUACAUUAUGCAAAUACAGAAAAAAA